CAGUCCUCGCUCGCGACUCGUCCGGAGAAGACGAAUUACCAACUUGCAACCGGAAUAAAGAAAACCAGACACGUCGUGCUUGAAACACAAAGACCGCGAUUGAUCUGUUGAUAUCCAUACUGCUGCUCGGCUAAGUCUAUUUUAGUGUUGUAUUUUUAGAUAAUCCGUCACGUCACACCAAACGAGCACAAUGUCUUCCCGCAAAACGGCCGGCCGUCGUGGAACGACGAAGAAGCGUGCCCAGCGCGCCACCUCGAACGUGUUCGCCAUGUUCGACCAGGCCCAGAUUGCCGAAUUCAAGGAGGCCUUCAACAUGAUCGACCAAAACCGGGACGGUUUCAUCGAGAAGGAAGACCUGCACGAUAUGCUGGCCUCGCUCGGCAAGAACCCGACCGAGGAUUACCUGGACGGCAUGAUGAACGAAGCGCCCGGGCCGAUCAACUUUACCAUGUUUCUGACACUGUUCGGCGAGCGGCUGCAGGGCACCGAUCCGGAGGAUGUCAUCAAGAACGCCUUCGGUUGCUUCGACGAGGAGAACACGGGCAUGCUGAACGAGGAACGGCUGCGGGAGCUGUUGACCACGAUGGGCGACCGGUUCACCGACGAGGAUGUGGACGAGAUGUUCCGCGAGGCUCCGAUCAAGCAUACCAUGUUCGACUACAUCGAGUUCACCAGAAUCCUGAAGCACGGAGCCAAGGACAAGGACGAACAGUAAUUGAUCCUCAUUUGAUUCUCUUUUUUUUUUUCUUCUGGAUUCGGGCUUUGGUUCCGUAUAUAUGUGUUUAUUUGUUUAGUUUUUAGUUAUCUACCUACCUACCUAUCUUUCCAUUUUCUAAAUGUCUGAACGUCGCAAUCUUUCCAUUUUUCGUUUUUCCUAAUUGGAGUUCCAACUAUUGUCAGUAUUCUUCAUCGAAAAUAAUUUUUCUAGCAUUUAUGCUUCCGUUUCGACCCUUGCAAAUUGUGAGCAACCGAGUUUAGCACGAAUUGAGUACUCUCAGAAUAUUACUUAUCUUCUAUUGAAAACCGCAAGAAACAUUUUUGAAUAUAUUUAAUAUGUCAUAAGAAAAUGAUAA